CGAGAAAAAACACAAAAUCUACGAUUCCUUUUCUUUUUAUAAUCCCAUUUUUUCUUUUCUUUUCUUUUCUUUUUGUUUUUUUUGAGUGUUGAAAGGUUUCAGAAAUUCUUACAUUGGAAAAGAAGAAGAAUCAAACGACCUUUUUAAAUUGCUCUUUGUAUUUGUUCCGUUGAAGAAGGUUGAUAGAUCGGCCGUGGAAAUGGCGGUGGAAAUUGAGGUUUCUGAGUUGGGUUUUUCGUGAAAAUCUGCUAUUGGGUAUUGAAAGAAGAGGUAGAUGCUGUGAAUUUAGGUGGAAAUAAUAUAUGCAUAUGGAUAGAUUAUGCUGUUUUACUGCUGCUUAUUCUCAGCUGGCAGGAGUACGUUCGUCAUGCAGUUCCGGUAAGGGGAGAAGCCAUCAGGGACCAAUUAAGAUUACUUAUGGAUUCAGCUUGGUUAAAGGGAAAGCAAGCCAUCCAAUGGAGGAUUAUCAUGUUGCGAAAUUUGUUCAGAUAAAGGGGCAUGAGCUUGGACUGUUCGCUAUAUAUGACGGGCAUCUGGGAGAUACUGUGUCUGCUUACCUGCAAAAGCAUUUGUUUUCCAACAUUCUAAAGGAGGACGAGUUUUGGACACAUCCAGAUAGAUCCAUUUCAAGAGCCUACGAGAGGACUGACCAUGCGAUUCUUUCCCAGAGUCCUGAUUUGGGGCGAGGCGGCUCCACCGCUGUCACUGCCAUCCUCAUAAAUGGCCAAAAGUUGUGGAUUGCCAAUGUUGGAGAUUCAAGGGCAGUUCUUGCGCAAGGUGGGGAGGCAAGACAGAUGACGACUGAUCACGAGCCCAACACAGAGCGAGGAAGCAUUGAGAACAGAGGCGGCUUUGUUUCAAACAUGCCAGGAGAUGUCCCAAGAGUCAAUGGCCAGUUAGCUGUUUCCCGCGCCUUCGGUGACAAGAAUCUCAAAUUGCACUUACGGUCAGAUCCUGACAUCCAACAUGCAGAUAUUGAUCAUAGUACCGAUCUCCUUAUCCUUGCAAGCGAUGGUCUCUGGAAGGUCAUGAGUAAUGAAGAGGCAGUCGCUCUUGCCAAAAAGUUCAAAGACCCACAGGCUGCAGCUAAGCAGCUGACAGCCGAAGCAUUGAAUAGAGAUAGUAAAGACGACAUAUCUUGCGUUGUUGUCCGAUUUAAGGUGUGAAGGCCAUUAAAAUCCCUUUACGUAGGGCUCCAUUUAGAGACCGUAAUGGAAGAGCAUUCGUGCGGCCAUAUGAUGAAUUCUCAUGAUAUGCCAUCAGGACUACGAAAAAGGUCAGAUCUCUGUCACCUCUUGUUGUAAAUAUAUCUUUGCUAGUUUGUGAGGCUUCAUAUUGUUUGAUUUCUUCCAUGUAUUAAUAGCAGUCCAACGUAUAUGUUGUUUUUUUAUCUGCUUGGAGACUGCAAAAGCUAUCACUAUCAGACUGCAGGAUUUUAUAUUUUACGUUGAUUAAAUGAAUGGAAAGCAUGUUUUUUUUU